AUGUGUAUAAGAGACAGGUGCAGCGCAGCCCACGUCGGACCUAUGCUGCCUGGCGUCUUUGUCUGUGAGUUGCCACCUUGGCAGUUGAGCGGUGGUAGCAAACCGUCGAAGAGACUUUGCCGGAUUUUCUUUUUCUUUUCCCGGAUGAGUUGUGGAAUCGUGCGAGCCGAUUGGGACGCCAACAACAGCGGUGGCUCAUGGUCUGCGUAG